UAUUAUUUUUAUUUUUAUUAUUAUUAUUAUUAUUAUUAUUAUUACUACCCAUGCCGUCGUGGUGCCGUUCGCUUGCCGCUUUUAUUUUCGCGCGUGCGGCCGUGACGACUGCAGCCGCUGCUGUUUGUCGUUGCAGCGACGGCGACGACGGCGUCUAAGUAGGACAAACCGCGCGCGCACGCCGCCGCCUCCGCCACCGCCGCCGAGGUAAACGAACUGUGCGAGUCGAAUGGGAAACUGGACCGCACCGAUGAAUUCAUUACGCUCUCGCCGUGUGCGUGGAGUAGGUACUCGAAAGUGUGUCCGGCCCAAUCAGCUAAAUCGAGAGCCCUUUGGUUCGAUAUCUGUUGUUCGCAUUUCCCGUACGUCGUCCGCGGCAUUUUAGUAUUGAAUUUUCCACCGCCGAGACCGGCUCGAAUGUCCCCGUCGGAUUGUCGUCCGGUUCACACAGGAGGGGCCUCUCGCCGAAAACGUCUGUAGAAGGAUUUCCAGGAGGAUUUCGGACUGUCGGUAGCUGCAGGUUCCACCGACCGACGCGGAACGCCAAGCCGUCUCGUCUACACCGCCGGGCUUCGUUUUACUUUUGUCCACUAGCAGUAGUUUUAAUGGAUAUUUCACGAUAGAACACGAGAUGCAAAUUAGCCGCAUGCCGAUCCCGGCAGAUGAUUGUGCGAACAGCGAAAUGUCUGUCGACACUAGUCCUUCAGAUACAAAGACAGAUGAUUUGGAAACUACAACUAAAGUAAAUGGCGAUAGUCACAAAAAGUUAAAUGGAACUACCAUAGACAACACUAUUGAAACUGAUGAAGCCACUCAACUUGUAAUUAAAAAAGAAGAAGAAGAAAACGACGAAGAAGAUAAUGAAGAUGAAGAUAAUGAAGAUGAAAAAGCUGAAAAAGAAAAGGAUAAAAAAGAAAAAGAGCCAGAAAACAAGACUGACCCUUUAUCCAAAAGUACUGAUAAAAUAGUGAAAAAUGGGGUAUCUGAGGAACAAAAAUCUGUAGAAACCGUUAAUGAUGAAACUUCUAYAACUAAUGAUAAUGAUCCUAUGAUAAAUGAAGAAAAUGAUGAAGAAGUAAAGCCUAUGGAGAUAGAUGAAACUGAAGAUCAAACUGUUGAAGGUGUAGUUAUUAAGAAAGAAAUUUUAGAAGUUGACGAACCAGAAGUCACUGAAGACGUCAAAACUCAAGAAAUUGAAAAACUUUUKAAUGGAAAUGCAAAUCACGAAGAUGAAGUUAUCACAACUAGUAAUGAGGUAUUGAAAAAGAGUGUAGAAGAGGCAAAUCCAGUGAAUGGAGAGGUAAAACUUAAAGAAGACGAUAAACCCAUUAAAUCUGAAAAAGUCAGUCGUAAAGUUCUUGAAGAAGAGGACAUGUCAAGUGAAAUUAGUACAGAUACACUCUCACCUAAGCAGAUAGAUGAGCCAAUUGCACGCAAGAGGUCUGCUGCUAGUCACGAUGAGCUUAGUGUUGUAAGUGGAGCAAGUAGUGAUAAUGAUUUACCCAAAACUAAAAAGUUACGAUCUGAUGAAGACCAUCCUUUAUUAAAAGAUGACACUCGUGAACGGUUGAUAAAAAAUAUUGUACAGUCAAGUGGUAAAAAUGAAGUUGAAUUAAAUAGAAAUGUAGAGAAAAUACAAAAUGAAAUAAAAGUAAUCACGGAAAUAGCACAGACUAAACGUGACGAGUUAGUGACUUUGAUCAGGUUACAAAAACUUAAAGAAGAAAUAAUUGAACGAUUAAUGAUAAAAUUAAAAGAACUUGAUGCUAUUAAGACAGACAACAGCAAAGACUGGAAUUUACCAGAAAUGUUUCAAAUUAAUUUAAGCCAGCCCGAACAUAUACUUAGUGAAAAGAAUAUCUUAGAUAUUAUUGAGAAUCGUGGUGAUAGUCAACUUGAAAAGUCUACAAUUAAUAGUUAUGAUCAGAAUAUUUAUGCUCCUUCAUCAUCUAGUAAUAGUAUCACGCCAAUUGCGUCAUCAUCUAAUGCUCAAUCCAAUGAAUGGAUAGUGUCAGAUAGGGUAAACCGCACCAACCGUGUUCAAAGACCAAUAUUGCCUAAGCCUUCUGCAGCCAAUAAUCACAAAGAAGGUCGUCAAGGUCCUAUAUUAGAUGUUAAGCUAAUUAUUGCUGAUCAUCGAUCAAAAAAUCCUGAAACUGCUGUGACUAAAAGAGGCCGUCGGAAAGUGACAACCAAUGAUUUUUCAGUACCAACAUCUUCAGCUCCAUUACGUUAUCCAAAUCCUAUGGGUUUUGGUAAUCCACUUCACCAUGCYAGUGAUGGAAAUUUUAAAAAUACUAUCACAAACACCCAUGGAGUUCCAAACAAUGUUAUGGAACAUGGGUCUGAACAUAAUCGUUUUAAAGAUGUCCCUGCUUUUCCAGAAGUUACAUUGCAUCCAGUCUCGCAGCCAAUGCAGCAGCAGCAGCAGCACCAACAACAACAACAAAUCCAACAACAACCACAGCCAACAUCCCUAUUGCAUGGAAUUUUAACUAAAGGCGCCGGCACACAUCAUUUACCACUUAGUAUGUCACACCCUCCAACCAAUUAUUCGCCUACAUUAGCAAGACUCUUAACUGCACCAGAACGUUGCAAGCAAAGCAGAGGAAAACGUCAAGCACCUGCAGCUACUGUUGUGUCUUCCAAUGCGCAAUCUCGUAAUGAAAUAACUAUUACACCAGUUCAGAGUACGUCAAUGUCUUCAACUUUUCAACCAAAACCAAGUUGUUCGUCAAAUAUACCACCUGUUCAGUUAGAUGAUGAAGAUGCUUCUGAUAGAUUGGUUAUUGAUGAAGGACAAGAUGUUAUGAAUGCAAACUCUCCAUCUAGUGCUCCACAGUGUCAAGGUUGUAUGCAAAAACCUGCACAAUUUGUUUGUGCUGGAUGUGGCAAUCAAUGGUACUGCAGCAAAGAAUGUCAAAUUGAUGCUUGGGAUGAUCAUUCAGAAGUCUGUAGCGGUUAAAUUAAUUUUUACAAGUGACAUUUGUGCCAAAAAAGAUCUCUUAAAGAUUAAACUAAACAAUUUGAAGACAGUAGCUGGCUACCAUUGUUUAUAAUUGACUUUGGUCUAGAGUACAUACCCUUGGUGUGAAUCUAAGUCAAUUCACUAUAUGUGUAUGAAUGCAUGAUAUUAUGUAUGUAAAUUAUACACAUCAAAUUAAUCUUUAUUAGGAACUGACAAAUUGUUAUAAUAUAUAUAUAUUUUAUAAGAUGUAUGUGUAUAUAUUAUUACUAUUUUUUUUUUUAUAUAUAUAAAUUAUAUAAUAUACAUCGUAAUAUUUCCUAAUUCCACCCUUAGCUUAUCUGUGUGUGUAUGUAUGUCAGUGUGUGUGCGUGUGUGUGUGUAUUAGAAUCAUAAAGUUUUAUUUCAAAUACACAAAGUAUCGUGGGUCAAUGACUGUUAAUUAAACCACCCAUGGUAUGUUUUUUUGUUUAAUUG